GGUAUACUUACUUUUUACUCUUUGGUUUCUAGUUUAUUUUCACAUACAUAGCAUUUUUGUUUGUUGUAUUGUAACAAGUUAUGUGAACCAGUUUGUUGGAAGCUAAUAUUUCUCGAGAAAUAAAUAAUUUGGUGUUUAAAACGUCAACGAUUAAAGUUUUCCGAGAAAGAUGUCUGUUGCUUUUGCACCGCGGGGUAAUAGGCCCCCAUUGAAUCCGGCUCAAAUUCAAAAGAUGCUGGACGAAAAUGCUCAUCUCAUUCAGACUAUUCAAGAUUAUCAAGCUAAAGGGCAAUUAAUGGAAUGUUAUCAGUAUCAGCAGAUGCUACACAGAAAUUUAGUUUAUUUGGCUUCUAUUGCAGAUGCAAAUCAAAACCUCCAAACACUACUACCGCCUCCACAUCCAUUAGCUUCAGGAAAUGUACCUCAAGGACCACUCAACCCUCCCUCAACUGGAGAAUCGUCACAGCAGCAAUACCGACCGCCUCCUGGAGUUUCAACCACUCCAACAAGACCAACUCAGAGUUAUGGUCAAAGACCGUAUGCCCAAAAUCAAUAUCAAGGCCAAUAUCAAGGUGCACCUAAUGUUUAUCCACCUCAAGCAGCCUAUGGUCCGCCUGGUCAGGGUUAUGGUCCACCAAACCCUCCACAGUCGCAAGGAUAUCCUCCAAAUUCCACUUAUGGUCCACCAAGUACUACAGCCCCCAAUAAUUAUCCAUCUUCUACUCAUCCUGGAUCAGGUUAUCCGCCCUCCACAGUUCAACAGCCUUAUGCACCACCUCCAGGAAGCCCUGUAGGUGCAGGGUCACCUUAUCCUGUACGUGCAGCUUCUCAACCAGGUUACACAGGGAAUUCAGCAUACCCUCCUCAGUCUGGUGCUAAUUACCCUAAUGUAGGUGUAAGUACAUAUAAUUCUACUGCUUCCCAGCAACAAACGUAUCAAUCGCAACCAUUUCCCAACACAACACCUACAUACAGCUCGACUCCAACUUCACAGCCCAAUAGAUCACCUCAACCUCCUACAAGUGGAUAUACAUCACAAAACCCAACUAGUUCAGGAUAUGGGUCUCCUUCAGCUCAGUCACCAACUUACAAUUCUAGUUCUCAUCCAAGUUCUGCGCCUCCAUCUACAGUGGCAUCUUCAACCCCAGCUCCAGGUGGACCCCCUUCACAACAGUACCCUCCUCCAGGACAACCAUCUCCAUAUCCACCAGCCAGUCAACCUCCUUAUUCUAAUCCUUCAUCCCAACCUGGUAGUCCCGCACCAUCUGUUUCAACAUCAGCACCUCCACAGGGCUCUUAUCCUCAAAACCCACAAAACUACCCACCAGCUGGUGGUGCUUAUCCGUCGCAUGCUUACCAACAGGGUUAUCCGCCUGCUCAAUAUCCACCUUCACCAUAUCCAUAUGCCAGACCACCUGCACCUGGUGCCCCACCACCUGGUGCACCGCAACCUUACCCUGGUUAUGGGUUUCAACCACCUACUCAGCAAUAAGGAAAUGAAAAUAUAAUGUCAAUCUGUUAACUCAUACCCCCUUAUUAAAAAUGUGGUGCAAAUCUAGACUCAUU